AGUAACGGGAAACUGAGUGGGCGGUGUGGUCGGUCUGGAGCUCUUUAAAUGGACCUGCUGCUAUUCUCACACACUCACACAGACACAGAGGUCAGCAUGACGUGGACACACACCUUAACAGGGAUUUUUCUCGGCUGCUCCGUCUCCGCCAUGGUGCUCCUGUCUCAGCCGCUGUCUAAGGACGGAUCCGGUUUGGAAAUUACAGGCCCUAAGAUUAUUGCUGUACUGCACAAAUUUGAUGUGAACCGGUACUACAUUACCUGUAAAGUGAAGGCUGAGUCACUUAAAGCAAUGACUACAGUGUACUGGUUGGUCAACGGCACCUUUGUGGAGGAGUUCUAUCCAGAUGGCAGAGUGCAAACAUUUCAGAAAAGUGUCACUGGUUCAGGUAGGCCCCUCAAGACUACUCUGCUGUUCACACAAGUUUUACCAGAGGACUACUCCACCACUUUGACCUGUAUAGCACUGAACUCCGCUGGGUUUGACAAGAGAACCACAGCACUCAAAAAUCUGAUUUAAUGGAUCAUACAGAGCGAAUGGCAGUGGCAUGGGACGUCUUUAAAAUGCACUGAGCAGCACUCUGUGAAUGAUUUAGAUGUUUUUGUAACUCAGAAGAUUUAUUCUAAAGCUCUUUUACACAUGACCCACAGAAUAUGCUAAUGGUUCAGAUACAGUGAAGCUGCUUCCCACCAAAAGUCAGUUGUGAACUCAAAUGAUAGUUAAAGCUAGUUUUUGCGAAUCUUGUUGUUUUAUUUAGGUUGAUAAUGUGCUGAUGCUUACCAUCUGCUCCUGCUGUUUAACACAUAAAAUACUUGAAAGUCAUUUGCACAUAAACAGCUCUUACCAAAAAGUAUAUGUUCAGGUUUAUGAAGGAUUAAUGUGUUAACUUAUUGUGAUUCAUAAUAUUUCAAAAUGCAAAAUCCUUUCAAUGAAUGCUUUAGUAUCAGUUCAAACUGUUACAUGUGUACUGUGGUGUAGAUGUUUACCUGAGUUGUAAGAUAUGCUUGACGCAAAUAAAUGUAACAUUU